ACAAACAACUUCUAUACUUGUUACCUUUUGAGUCAAACAACACUCAACAAAAAUGGCAAGCAAACAAUGCACCAUCAUCAUCACCAUCCUCUGCCUAUUAGCCGCCGCUACGGCCCACGAUACACCCGCCAAACAAGACAAAACCGCCACUGUGGUUGUCGAAGGAAAGGUGUACUGCCAAAGUUGUAAAUACUUCGGCUCUUGGUCUCUAACCGACGCUGAGCCAAUCCCGGCUGCCAAAGUUAGUGUCAUAUGCAAAAACCACAAAAAACGAGUGAGCUAUUAUAACGCGUUUGAGACCGACACAAAUGGUUACUUUUACGCUGAACUCAAAGAUUUCAAGAUGACCCAUUAUUUAUUGGACCAUCCUCUUCAUUCUUGCCAUGUGAAACUUGUGUCAUCUCCUCUUGAAUCAUGCAAUCUUUUGUCUAAUGUUAAUAAUGGUAUUAAUGGUUCGCCUUUAAGAUUUGAGAACAAGGUGGUGUAUGGAAAGGAUUAUGAAGCGGUUGUGUAUGGGUCUGGACCAUUGGCGUUUCGUCCUACUAAUUGUGAUCCGGAAACAACUCACUAAGCGUGUUAUCGUUCUAAUGUGUUUGAUUUUAUGACUAUGGUAUUUUUGUAUGAAUUGACCUUGAUAUAAUAUCUUCAAUGAACUAAUGCAGUUUUUUGCCUAA